AUGGCAGAAGUCUAUUCCACGCCGCUGCUCACGCCUGAGUUACACGAAAAGUAUAUGAAAUACAAGGAGGCAACUGAGAUUGUUACGACAUGGGUUGCCCUCAAUGGCCGACGAGCUGGACAUCCCAUCUUUGACGCGACGAAUUGCAGCAUUGACGUGCUCGUACGCGCUUCGAAGGCCAUUUUCCGUGCUGGCAUCACGGUACCUCCAGAGAUUUACUGGGCACUCAAGGACGCAAUUCGAGACCGGAUCUCUGUUAUGAAACACUAUGGUGACAACGACACAGGCCACAUCAAAUUCAUCAAAGGGCUUUCUUCCAUAUAUCGAUCCUUGUUCCCCCCCUCCAAAGGUGGAAAGUCUCGACAACAGCAGGAAAAUACCUCUGAUGAGGUAAGCGUUGAUGAUACACUUCCAUACAUCAACGAGGACGAUGAAAUGGGCGAUGAGGUGGUUGAUGGGGACCACCUUACGCCUACAUCGCACGACAUGGCUAAGAAACGGCAAUUCCGUGAUCGGCCCUCUGCAGAGCAGUACCGCAAGCUACGACAACAGCUCGGCAUAUCUGGCGAGACUAGUACCAGUAUUACUAUCUCAGAUGACCCUAUCUUGAAGGAAUUCAAAGUGAAGCUUGGUGUCAUAAAUACAGUUUUCACCGCCGACACCCUGUGCGAGACACUCAAAGGUUACUGGAAAGCAUGCAACGAAGGCAGCAUGAGUAUCUUCGUUGCUGCAAUGCUCACAAGUACGGCGGUCAAAUUGCUCUCACUGGUUGAGGUGUCCAACAAAAGCCGCCUAGGUAUCGAGGAUCAUGUCAUGUUCGUACGCAAGAUGAGCAGCAUGGGUGAGAUGAAUCCCGAUGGUAUUAGUAUGUGGAAAACACUUACUCAUGGCCACGCUGGUAUCUUCUCUACUGGAUGGGGGUUCUACCAUGCCUACAAUCGUAUCGUCGUAAACGGCGGAUCCACCAAGAGUACAGAAUGUGCCAGCAGCGAUGUCAGAAUGGAGAAAGCUGCGACUCUCGUCCCUCGUAUGGCCUCUCACACUUGUCAGGCAAAAUACAUCCUGGCCCAGGGUGCUGCUUGCGAAUCAAUCCUUAAUAGUAUCCUUACCAAGCAGGUAUCUUGUACCUGUACGAAGAAGGACUUCAGAACACGACUUGACUCGGACAGCCCACUCCAACACGAAAUCGGCACAUACUGGAGAGGCUAUAACGUAUUGAGCACAACUGCCGUCUUUGGGCUACAAAUCAUGCUGGAAACGCACGAAGCGUACCUGUGGCACAAUUCCGAAACUCCACAUAGGCCCAGUUGCCUAUCCAAGUACCUCAAGUUUGCAAAAGAUGUUCAGUCCUACGUGACAAAGCUUGAAAGACAUGAAACGUUACGAGAUGCCGACCAUGAUAGCCUUGUUCGAAAGCUGGAGUGCUUGAGCAAGGGUCUCAAAAGUGUACUAGUACCUAAGCCGAUCGACCUGUACUCGCAGGCACCAUGGACAGCGGGCGCAGGCAUGAUCUGUCGUUGGUUUCAGAUUCAGGACCUUGGCACUGCGUUAUGUGGCUUCAAAGGUGUUAUGACUGGGGUGAUGCAUCUCUACAAUUGCCUUGUACAAUCGUCUAUCCUGGAUAGGAACGCGUUUCCUCUACUAGAGGCUCUCGCCAGUGUCCUAGAGCCAACCAUCUUUGUGGGAUCACGACCGAAGCACAACUUCCUGAGUCAUCAUGAAGCAGCCUUGGGGGGAACACGGGUGCGAGACUUUGGUCGACUGUGGGGAAAUCAAUCUCGGGGCGCCGAUUCUGUAGACAGCUCUAGCAGAAAACUGGGCACUAUCAGAGCUGACUGCCAUGUGUGCCCAAACAACCCAAGAGCUUAUCGAGUGUAUGGACAUGCCUCCAUGACCUUCUUGCUGGUGGCUCAAGACUUCCAUCCCAACGCAAAAUACUUUUGUAGGGUCCAAAAAUUGCGCGAGACGCCGGGGAAUCUAGACAGGAUGCGCAAGCUUGUGGAAGGCCUCGCAGAGCCGACUGACGGUCCGCUUGGCAUCAACCCUGCACUGUUGAACAAAGUCAAAGAGAUUCUGGAAGCAGACUUGUACGAGCAGGACCUGCCCUUUGCCAGGAUUAACUGGAUCAAAGUGUACUUGGCAUGUUGCGACGCGCUUCUCUCAAUCGCAGAGGCUCUGAGGGCUAUCGGAUUUGCCUCAAUGGAAUGCUGCGCGGGUUGUCCGCCUGGGCCUUCUGGUCUUGAAUAUGUGAAGGCGUUUCUGGAGACAGCCGACGCAAUUCAAGAGGGAGAAAAUUUACCGGUGAUAGGGUAUGAUUUCUGGGCGAGUGGAACGUCCGUUAUGGAAGGAGCAUUCAGAAAGGCGUUUGGUGGAUAUAAGAAUUCUGAAUUCCUGUGGGACAUAUGA